UUAUCUUUACUUUAUAGAUUGUGUUUUAGUUAAGGAUCUAAGGUCUGAUUUACUAACAGUAUGUGUUCUGUAUGUGCAGACGAGCGGCGGGUGCGUGGGUGGCGCGGGGGCGGGCGCGGGCGGGUCGGGGGGCGCGCGCGGUGGCUCACUGCGCACGCCUCUCGCGCGCACGCCCGUCACCUUCAACGCCUCGCAAGUCGCCAAAGCGAAACUGCAGGCGGCCUUGUCGGAGGAAAGCGGUGGUGGCAGCACGACCAGCGGCGUGAGCGGCGUGAGCGCGGUGAGCGCAGUGAGCGGCGUGAGUGGCGUGAGUGGCGUGAGCGGCGGCGGCGCGCACGGCAUGGCGCGCUACUGGGGCGCCAAGCUGCCGCACCUGGGCGCGGCGUCCUAGCGGCCGGCGUCGGCGCGGCGCCUGCGCCCCGGCCGCCUGGAGCCCGAGCGCCGCUCGCUGGACCUGGAGCGCGAGCUGCGCCCCGACCGCGACUCCGACGUGUCGCUGGACGACCGCGACCACCUCGUCUGACCCCGCCGGGCCCUAUUGAUCUCACUAACUAAGUUAUACGAGCGUGUAGUGGAUUGUGCGAGUGCCGACUCUGCGGUGUUCUAUGUGUUGUCGACGUGGACGUUCGGGUGUGUCGGUGUUAGUGCCUGUGAGUCUCGUUUAGCGUUAGGGAACCCUCGACCACCGUUCGGGGAACGAUCCCCGAUCGUUUCGCCGAGAACGACUCGUUAGCCGUCGAGGGCGAACGUUCCCGGUCGGGCCGGGCCGACGUUGUAUCUUGCGCCGCAAGAUGCUCUGGAACGCGCCCCGCCCGCGUGCGAGACGCUCGCACAACAAUUCCCCCUCGAAGCUGUAGAUUAAGCGAACUUGUGUGACUAAAAUAAUUUAACAUUUUUCUACAGAAUCAAAUGUCAUUCGUUCAUUUUAAUUUUAAACAAAUCGAUUUAAGUUACAUUUUGUGUAAUUAGUUAAUUUUUCUCAAGUGAUAUAAUGAAGCUGUAUUCGUAACGAAAUGGUGACCUUAUAAUCGGAAUUCUUAAAGGAUAUAAGGGUAGUUAGUUACAAGGCCUUUGAAACUAGGUUAAGGAGCUAAGCUACGCUAUUUAUUUGUCGACUAGCGUAGUAGAUGUCAUUGUUGUGAAUCAUCGAUAUCAUUUACGUUAUGAUUUGAAGCGCUUAUGUAAUCGUACGGUAGCCACAUGUAACGUUGUCCCGGGCCACGCGUGGGGUGCGCUGGACCCGUAACGCAUGUUAAGUACAUUUUUCAACAUAUUAUUUUACUACUUGUUUACAGAUGUUUGUCGUAUAGUUUUGUCGUUGGUAGUCUGUCAAACAUAUCAGGACGAGCAUUUCUUCUGCCAGUAUGGUACAAUGAUCGAGGUAACUAGUCGGGCACCGAACCUAGUCCAAACUAUGUAAAGUUAGGUUGUACGUUAGCUUGUAAGAAUUGAUUCAAUGUAAGUGUGGAGCGAUUCUUGCGUAGUGACGACUGCUUACCUCGACCAAGCCGAACAAACUAUUUUACUUAUGUACCGUUUGCACUGCUCCAGUGGUUUAGUCGAGUGGGCUAGUAGCUACACGUAUUGUGAACAAAUGAAUUUUAGUUUAGUCAAUUGUUUUUAUUGCAGUCGUUGCUAACUUGCUACUCGGCUUAAUCACUAGAUCACAGCAAACGGAGAUCUCACGAAGAUAGACCAUCUUUUGUAAAGCAUUUUGUUUACCCAUUGAAGUUUAAUUCAACCGGGUUAGCAAAAUUGGUUCUGUCUUGUGUGAUCUAACUAAUCAAUAAUUAUUUGAUACAAAAAUAACCUUUAUCACCUUGUAAUUAAGUGCAAUAUGUUUGACAUAAAAGUUUAAUUUCGUCUUCCUCAUAUUAUAUUAUAUUUGUAACGUUUUACAAAUGGCCUAUAAUGUUUAUUCAAUUAACAUGCAUUUUUUAUUAUUUUUUUCGAUUUAGUUUGUAGAUUUUCUUGGAUAUUUGUAUGUAGACACUUGUAAUGGCUUACAAAUGGAAUGUAUUAUUUCAAUUUUGUGGGAUUGUAGUCCGAGCAAGCACUUAUGCAACUUUAUUUAUGGAUAUUAUUAUAUAACU